CAGUUGAGGACAAGGCCUCUUGCUGUCUAGAGAUGGAAAACAACAUAACUACUAUCUCUCGUGAAGAGCUUGAAGAUCUGAGAGAAGCAUUCGGUAAAAUAGAUAUUGACAACAGUGGGUAUGUCAGUGAUUAUGAGCUCCAAGACCUAUUUAAAGAAGCAAGUCUGCCCUUGCCCGGUUACAAAGUCCGGGAGAUUGUAGAAAAAAUCAUUGCAGUGACAGAUAGCAACAAGGACGGGAAAAUCAACUUUGAAGAAUUUGUCUCUAUAAUUCAGGAAUUGAAAAGUAAAGAUGUCAGCAAAUCUUUCCGAAAAUCAAUAAACAAAAAGCAAGGUAUUACAGCAAUUGGAGGAACAUCAGCAAUAUCUAGUGAGGGGACACAGCACUCUUAUUCCGAGGAAGAAAAAGUUGCUUUUGUUAAUUGGAUAAAUAAAGCUCUACAAGAUGACCCAGACUGUAAGCACCUCCUACCUAUGAACCCAUCAGAUGCCAGUCUUUUUAAAUCCCUUGCAGAUGGCAUCCUUCUUUGCAAAAUGAUCAACUUUUCACAACCAGAUACAAUUGAUGAAAGGGCUAUUAAUAAGAAGAAACUCACUCAUUUCACUAUUUCUGAAAACCUAAACCUGGCUCUGAACUCAGCAUCUGCUAUUGGCUGUACGGUUGUCAAUAUUGGAUCACAAGAUCUGCAAGAAGGAAAACCACACUUGGUAUUAGGAUUGUUGUGGCAGAUCAUUAAAGUUGGUCUUUUUGCUGAUAUUGAGAUCUCCAGAAACGAAGCUCUUAUCACCUUGCUAAAUGAAGGGGAAGAACUGGAUCAGUUAAUGAAGCUUUCCCCAGAAGAGCUCUUGCUACGCUGGGUUAACUACCAUCUGGCCAAUGCAGGGUGGAAGAAAAUCAGUAACUUCAGCCAAGAUAUUAAGGAUUCAAGAGCAUACUACCAUCUGUUAAAUCAGAUUGCACCCAAAGGAGAUGACCUUGAUGAAUUGUCCAUUAAAAUCGACUUUUCAGGAUUUCAUGAUAAAAAUGACUUGAGGAGGGCUGAAUACAUGCUCCAACAGGCAGAUAAGCUGGGCUGCAGACAGUUUGUAACUCCAGCUGAUGUGGUUGCAGGCAACCCUAAACUCAAUUUGGCUUUUGUUGCAAAUCUCUUUAACACAUAUCCAGCCCUACACAAGCCUGACAAUUCAUCUUACGAUCUCAAUUUAUUAGAAGGAGAAAGUAAGGAAGAAAGGACUUUCAGAAACUGGAUGAAUUCACUGGGUGUAAGCCCAUAUGUUAAUCAUUUAUACAGUGACCUCUCUGAUGCUUUAAUAAUCUUCCAAUUGUACGAUAUGACUCGUGUGCUGGUUGACUGGAGCCAUGUCAACAAACCUCCUUAUCCAUUACUUGGUGGUAAUAUGAAAAAGAUUGAGAAUUGCAAUUAUGCAGUAGAACUGGGGAAGACAAAAGCCAAAUUCUCACUGGUUGGUAUUGCUGGACACGACCUAAAUGAGGGUAAUCCAACUCUGACUUUGGCUUUGAUAUGGCAGCUGAUGAGAAGGUAUACUUUGAAUGUACUGUCAGACCUUGGAGAAGGGGAAAAAGUAAAUGAUGAAAUUAUUAUUAAGUGGGUGAAUCAGACACUUGCAAAAGCAAAUAAGAAAACUUCAAUUACAAGUUUCAAGGAUAAAUCAAUUAGCACUAGUUUACCUGUCCUAGAUUUAAUAGAUGCCAUUGCACCAAAAGCAGUUCGUCCAGAAAUGGUCAAGAGAGAAGAUCUUUCAUACCAAGACAAAUUGAAUAAUGCUAAGUACGCCAUUUCGGUUGCUCGAAAAAUUGGUGCUCGUAUAUAUGCUCUCCCAGAUGAUCUGGUUGAAGUGAAGCCAAAAAUGGUGAUGACAGUGUUUGCAUGUUUGAUGGGAAGAGGACUGAACAAAAUAAAAUAA